AUGGCAACGGCGAGCGAUCGCGCGCGCACACCAACAACUAUGCUCACGUGGAGCGCCUCAACCCACCAAAAUUCGAUAGCGUCGACGAAUCAAGGCUCGCGAGCCGCCGAGGUGUUUCUCGAUUCGUGGAACGCCGCUGUCUAUGAGUGUCAGCCGAUCAAAGACGGUCAACUCGACGACGAGGCCAAAUUGUGGCGGUCGAAAUUCGCGCACCUUCGACUCAUCGGCAAGCCGAUUGGAAAUUGCUCGAAGAGCGUUGUUAGGUCGGCUCCACAGAACAAAUCGGCGUCGUCGAAGAGCGCGUCCAUCAUCAGGGACCAUCGCGAUUGCUCAUUGCCGCGUCUCGAACACCCGAAAAAGGUGGUUCCGAUUUCAGCGGUAUUGUCUCGUCGAAUUCUUGAGGAUCCUCAAAUCGAUCCAACGUGGUCCCUUCAGAAUUCGAGGAGCUACUCGCUUUCAAUUCUAUUUGAUGGCAUCGCUCACGUGAUUCCAUAA